CCUGGAGUUAGAGUACAUUGAUGAGCUCAGAUUGUUGUAUUAGCGUAGUUAGCAUGAAGCUUGCUAUCUUUUGUCUAUGGGUUACAUGUCCUCCGUUCUCAACAGGAAGUCAAUAUGUUUAUGAACUUACCAUCAAUGACAUCUACUGUGACACAGACAAGAAGUACUUUUCAUCAAAUUUUAAUGACAAUCUGGUACUGUAUGUGGACUUCGAGAACAAGACAGUUGUUAACACACCAUACAAUAUAAGCCAGGUGACUAAGGACAAAUACUAUGGAAUUGUGUAUGCAUAUGCUUCCAAUGAAAUGAAGGAGUUUAAGGCGGAUAUGGCAUCUAUUGCAAGAGAACUUGGUUAUCCUCCAGAGGCAAAAGAGCCACCAGUCAGUGCCGUGUAUUCCAGUGAGGAGGUGCUUUUGGGGUCUGAGAACACCCUCAUCUGUUACAUCACCAGGUUCUAUCCCCCUCAACUCACGGUGAGAUGGACGAGGAACAACAAGAAUGUGACACAGGGGGUGAGCCUAAGCCAGGUCUACAUAAAUAACGACGGUUCCUUCAACGUGUUCUCCACCCUGCGGUUCACCCCUCAGGACGGGGACAUGUACACGUGCACUGUGGAGCACUCGGCACUAGAUAAGCCCAUGACAAGAGAGUGGGAUGUGGAGGUGUCUGAGCCCAGUCUUGGUCCAUCAGUGUUCUGUGGAGUGGGUCUGACUCUGGGGCUGCUGGGAAUGGCUACUGGAACAUUCUUCCUCAUCAAGGGAAAAGAGAGCCACAGGCAUCCAGGAAUAUAAAAAUAUGACCUCAUAGUAGAGAUAAACAUAUGACCUCAUAGUAGAGAUAACAUAUGACCUGUAUGACCUGACUGUAUCCGACCUCAGUAGAGGUCGGAUACAGUCAGAGCCGUAUAAAGAUAUCUUUAACCCUUAUGC